AUGGCUGAACCCGAGGAUGGAGAUGAUCUUUUUGCUGAUCUGUAUGACGCCGAUGAAUCUACCAACCGAACUACUGCAGCAGUAGAGGCACCGAAGCCUGAUCUAGGCGUGUCAAGCCUGGCACCUGGCGGAGAUUCCCCGAAACAGGAAACCGCAAUUGAUCCUGUUGGUCAAUACGAGUCGCAUCCAGCUACCCAGACUUCGGACUUUGGUCAGGGCUACAACAAUGGCUCUGGAAACGCGUAUGGUGCCCCUGCCCUUACUCAGGCACCCCCUCCUGCUGAGACAGAGUCUCACGGAACGGGAAUCAAGGAAGAUGGAAAAAUGUUCAUUGGUGGUCUGAACUGGGAAACUACAGACGAGUCCCUUCGUGACUAUUUCUCUCAGUUCGGUGAGGUUCAGGAAUGUACCGUGAUGCGGGACAGUGCCACUGGCCGCUCCCGUGGCUUUGGCUUCUUAACCUUCCGUGACCCUAAGACUGUGAAUACCGUUAUGGUCAAGGAGCACUAUCUCGAUGGAAAGAUUAUUGAUCCCAAGCGUGCUAUUCCCCGUGAUGAACAGGAGAAAACUUCUAAGAUCUUUGUUGGUGGUGUUAGUCAAGAGGCUACUGAGCAGGACUUCAAGCAGUUUUUCGUGCAGUUUGGCCGUGUUGUUGAUGCUACUCUUAUGAUGGACAAGGAUACUGGGCGUCCCCGUGGAUUUGGCUUUGUCACUUUUGAUGGUGAUGCUGCUGUUGAGAAAGCUCUAUCUCGUCCUCUGGAGAUUCUAGGCAAGCCAAUUGAGGUUAAGAAAGCACAGCCCCGUGGUAACCUGCGAGACAACAACGAUCAACGUGGAGGUCAUCGUACUGGAGGAUAUCGCGACCAGAACCAGCAUGAUGGAGGUCAGCAGCAAGCCGCCCAGCAGGGACAGGGUAGUUCCAUGACUCCCCAGAUGAUGGCCCAGUAUUGGCAGCGCAUGCAACAGUACUUCGCGAUGAUGCAGCAGUCCAUGGCCGCAGGCCAAGUGAUGCCUGGCAUGAACAUGAACGCCAUGAACCCUGCCAUGAUGGCUCAGAUGCAGCAGAUGCAGCAAAUGCAAAUGCGUCAGCAGCAGCAACAGCAACAACAGAUGGGCAAUCAGCCGCAAGGUGCCAUGAGCCCUAACCCGCAGAGCCCCGGCUCCCAGCAGGCCAUGCCUAACAUGAUGAACCCCGCUAUGAUGCAGCCUAACCAAGCCGGCACUGUCCCCAGUGGUGCUCCCAGCGACAACGCCAGCCCUGGCCCCAACGCUGCUUCUCUUGCCGCUAACUACAACAACGGAACCGCAAACGCAGCCCGGGCUCAGACUGGACCUGCUUACAACGCCACUGAGCAGAUUGCCUUUGAGCAGCAGAAGUACGAGCAGCAGCAGGUUCGCCGCUCCAUGGACCCUCGCGGGUUCAGCCCUUAUCAACAGCAAGGUGGCCCGACUUCAUGGGAGGGCAUGUAUGACGAAGUUCCGCAGCCUCACGUUCCCACUGGACCAGCAGGUAUGAGACGUGUUGGAAGUUCGGGUAGUGGAACCACCCCCCAACCUCAGAGCGCUGCUCCUGCUAAUGCCCCCACCGGACCACGCAACGCCGGCAAGCCUGGUGCGAACUACCGUGGCGGCGGCCGAGGUGGACACCGUGGCUAUCACCCCUACCAGCGCUAA